GUUCAAAAUUACAAUAGAAUUGAUAACGGAAAGCAGAAAACAAAACAAAUUCAAAUCAAAAUCACAGAGACUCUCUUACACCAAGUACCCGACCCGUGACCCAUGGCUAUGGUUAUUGACUCUAAUCUCGAAUCUGGCUUCCCGUACUGGGCUUCUGUUCGACGUCGUUUUGGUCCUGAUUCUCCCUUCUUCGCUUCUGGAAACAUCGAACGCGAACUUCUUGCCAAACAGGUUGCGUUGGAUUUAACUGAAGAUGAAAAGUGUCAACUUGAGAAUAUGGUUACAGAGGAUGCCAGGGGAGUUUGUUGUCCAAUUGUGGGUUGUAAUGCACGCUUGACUUCUUUGGAGAAGUUUGAAGAUCAUUACAAUGCAAGGCAUACUGCAUCUUGUUCAGUGUGCUCUAGAGUUUACCCAACGUCACGCUUGCUCAGCAUACAUGUAUCUGAAGCUCAUGAUUCUUUCUUUCAGGCUAAAGUUGCACGCGGUUAUGCCAUGUAUGAAUGCCUGGUUGAAGGCUGUGGGUUGAAGUUCAAGAGCUACAAAGGUAGGCAACAGCAUCUGGUAGACAAGCAUAAGUUCCCCACUUCAUUUGAGUUCUUUAAAAAGUCCUAUCCAUCCAAGAAACAGAGGCAAAAGAACCAACGUAAACAAUCUAUACACAAGGAAGCUAUGGAAGUAGAAAAUGAAACCAUUGAUGGCCUUGUUUCAGCAGUCUCAAAACUAAGCACUUCAGACUCCUCUCCUUCAUCUGUCAGCUUCGGUCGCCGCCACACUCGUGGCUUGACUUUUGUACCUCGAACAGUACAGCGCGAAAGAAGGGCAGACUCCACUCCAGCUGGAACAGAAAGAUAGCCAACAUACUAAAAACCAUUGAUGGCCUUGCUAUUACCCUGCAUUUUUGUCCUUGUCUUCAGCAAUGAACUCUGAAGCAGACUACAAGUUGCUGAAAGGAUGUAUGAAGCUAUGCUCAUUGUUUUGAGAGUUUCCAUCUUGAUCUAAAUCUGAAGUUUAACCAGUUGGACUUGGCGUAGUUCCGAGCAGCUGACAGCUUAUUUUCCUUCUUCCUUUGAAAGUAAUAUUGGUUCAUAUUACUUAAUGUCUUAUAAUGCUAUUGAUAACAGAGGAUCAUUUGAUUAGUUUGUUAUUUGUAUGAAACCGUUGAGGAAGAAAUUUUGAUUUGGCAUUGGUUUGGUUC